AUGACCAAGGUCCUCCACCAACACACUCCCGCCAGCAACGGUAGCAACACCAGCAACACCAGCAACCAGACCUCAGCUGAGACACAGACGCAUUUCGGCUUCCAGAACGUCCCUGAGAACAUGAAAGAAGCCCUUGUCAGACAAGUGUUUGCUAACGUCGCUUCAAAGUACGAUAUCAUGAACGACGCCAUGAGCGGUGGUGUCCAUCGUCUCUGGAAAGACCAUUUCAUGCGCACACUGGCCCCCACCCCUGGAACCAAAUUACUGGAUGUCGCUGGAGGCACCGGCGAUAUCGCUAUGCGCUUCCUGGACUACUGCAAGGAAACCCACGGCGACAACACUGCUCAGGUCACCGUCUUUGAUAUCAACCCCAACAUGCUGGAAGUCGGCAAGGAGCGCUUCGCAAAGACACCUUAUCAUAACACCUCACAAGUGUCGUUUAUGGAGGGUAAUGCAGAGAACUUGGAGCACAUCCCAGACAACUCUAUGGACGCCUACACGAUCGCCUUCGGGAUCCGUAAUGUCACACACAUCGAUCGUGCUCUCAAGGAGGCCUACAGAGUCCUCAAGCCCGGUGGACGCUUCAUGUGCCUCGAAUUCAGCAAAGUCGAGAACCCUGUGAUUUCCAAGGUCUACGAUGUGUUCUCUUUCGAUGUGAUCCCUACCAUUGGCCAGAUCGUUGCCAAUGACAGGGAUUCGUAUCAGUACCUGGUCGAGUCCAUCCGCAAGUUCCCCCCACAGAAGGAGUUUGCAAAGAUGGUCAAGGAUGCUGGAUUCACCGUCAUGGGUCAGGGAUAUGAGGACUUGACCUUUGGUGUCGCUGCGAUCCAUUCUGGGUUCAAGUUGUAG